GGGGCAUGUACAGAUUACCCGAUGUAUUUUCUUUCAAGAUGGCGGGGCUGCUGCUGGAGCCGAAUGGCAGCAGUUGGAAAAUAAGAUCAUUUUAAAAGGUCGUGGAGCCCCGUGAAGAGAUUCGUUUCGUAUAUCUCUCAAUGUCCGCAGCGGAGAAUGACCAGUGCCUCUGUUCCAAAAUAAGCUGAAUGCAUUGUGAUUUCCAAUAAUUGAGACAGUGAUUCUGAAGGCUGUCUACAUUAAUGAAAAGAGCAAUGUAGUCAGCUUAGCAUAUUCAGCAUCUGGUACGUGGCGUAUACAGGGAUGAACUUCUGCAUUGGAAAUUUGUAAAGAUUUCUUCAUAGUUGUCAGCUUCUAUUAGAUUUAGGUUUUAACUUGACCACACACACACAAAAAAGAAAAAUUAAAAAUUAUUUUUUUAAAAAUGGAUACAGAUGACGUUCUCCCCCCUCUCCCCUUGGAGCCACCUGAUGAUUUUAGCCUAGACCAGAGCAGAGCCCCUCCGCCACCUCCCCUGCAAACGUCCAGUGACGCAGAGGUAAUGGACGUUAGCUCUGGUGGUGAUGGACACACAUACACCCCGGGGGACGGGGAAGCAAAGACGCAGGAGUGCACGAGCGAGGGCUCUCUGAUGUUCUGUAGCCACCUUUCCAGUGAGGCCGGUCCCAACCCACGGUGCCCCAGAACGGCCCGCCACGCUCCUCAGGUCACCAAGUUUUUGCCGGACCUGAAGCAGCUCAGAAAUGUUAAGAUCAGGGUAAGCUUCUCUGAAAGCAGCAGCAGCAGUACCAGUACCAGUAACGUUAGCAGCGGCAAAGACAGGAAGGUUUUAUACACAGGUGAGGGCCAGGAGGCAGGAAGCGAAGAUGGCUUAGCUUGUCUGAAUGGUGAAGUGGAAAACAUGACGAGCUUGCUGGAGGAUGCUGAGGGUAGCAGUGGAGCUGGGGACGCAGCAGGAGUGAAGUCGGAGGACAGCGAGGUAGACCUGGAGAAUAAGGUAGAAUUUGCCGUCUUGGAUGAGUUGGAGGACUACUACGAGAACCUCCUGGACCGGGACGAUGGGGAGCAGGGCGGCUUUAAAUCUGAUGCCAUAGUUCAGCAGGAGGAGGUGCUCGACGAGGCGUCGGCCUACGCCUACGAGGAGGGCUUCGACAACGAUGUGGAUGCUCUUCUGGAAGAGGGCAUGCCUGUCCCGAAAAAGAUGCGCUUAGCGGAGGACAAGUUUGCCGGGGACAGCGAUCACCAGUCCGACGCAGACGGCGAAGGGGGGGUCCAGCCGAUGGUGACCAAAAUCAAGACUGUGCUGAAAAGUCGAGGCCGUCCACCGACCGAGCCUCUUCCCGACGGUUGGAUCAUGACAUUCCAUAAUUCAGGCAUUCCAGUCUACCUGCACAGAGAGACCCGAGUGGUCACCUGGUCUAGGCCCUACUUCCUGGGAACGGGCAGCAUCAGGAAACACGACCCGCCGACCAGCAGCAUCCCCUGCUUACACUACAAGAAAAUGAAGGACCAGGAGGAGAGGGAGCUCAACGGGGAGGUAAGCUCUAACGAGGCUGCGGCGAAGGCUAACGACAUGGAAAAGGAGGACAAGUCGGCGGAGGACCAGGAGGAACACCCUUCGUCCACCGUCGGCGAAAGCGGCCAAGACAGAGAGAGCGUGGACGAGAGCGGCACACAGAGCAAAGAGGUGCAGGCGUACGACACGGCUCAAGGCGCCUUAGGGCAGGUCAAGGCCAAGGUGGAGGUGUGCAAGGACGAAUCCGUAGAACUUGAAGAAUUCCGUCUGUACCUGGAAAAAUGCUUCGACUUCGAACAAGUCACCGUCAAGAAGUUCCGCACCUGGGCCGAGCGGCGGCAGUUCAACAGAGACAUGAAGAGGAAGCAGGCGGAGUCGGAGAGGCCGAUCCUUCCCGCCAACCAGAAGCUCAUCACCCUGUCGGUCCAGGACGCUCCCACUAAGAAGGAGUUUGUCAUCAAUCCUAAUGGGAAGUCUGAAGUUUGCAUCUUGCAUGAAUACAUGCAGCGGGUCCUGAAGGUUCGGCCUGUUUACAACUUUUUUGAUUGUGAGAACUCAAGUGAACCCUUUGGUGCUUCAGUCAUUAUAGACGGAGUCACUUACGGCACAGGAACUGCGAGCAGUAAAAAACUUGCCAAAAACAAAGCUGCCCGAGCCACACUGGAAAUCCUCAUCCCCGACUUUGUGAAGCAGACCUCGGAGGAGAAACCCGUCGAGGGCGACGAGCUGGAGUAUUUUAAUCAUAUCAGUAUAGAAGACUCACGAGUGUACGAGCUGACCAACAAAGCAGGUCUACUUUCGCCAUAUCAGAUUCUUCAUGAGUGCCUUAAAAGAAACCAUGGAAUGGGGGACACCAGCAUUAAAUUUGAGGUGAUCCCUGGAAAGAACCAGAAGAGUGAAUAUGUUAUGACGUGUGGGAAACACACGGUGCGAGGCUGGUGCAAAAACAAGAGGGUCGGCAAACAGCUAGCGUCCCAGAAGAUCCUCCAGAUGCUUCACCCCCAUGUCAAGAACUGGGGCUCGCUGCUGCGCAUGUACGGCAGAGAAAGCAACAAGAUGGUCAAAAAGGAGAGUUCAGACAAGAGUGUGAUAGAGCUGCAGCAGUUCGCCAAAAAGAACAAGCCAAACCUUCACAUCUUGAACAAACUCCAGGAGGAAAUGAAGAAACUGGCAGCUCAGAGGGAGGAAACCAGGAAGAAGCCCAAGAUGACCAUCAUGGAGUCGGCCCAGCCAGGCAGCGAGCCCCUCUGCACUGUCGACGUUUAAGUCUCGGAAUCACUGACGAACCACAGCACUGAAACCCCAGUCACUGUCAAACAUCACACCGCAUCAUGGCGUCCACGGCAGAACGCAUCACUUGACAUCCGGCGAGGAGCGUAGCGUCACACUGAUCAGACCGGCGGAGCCGCCGCUCGCUUCCCACGGCUCCGUCUGAAAUGUUGGGCAAGUAAGAGUGUGAGGGUUAGGACUGAAUGCACUUAGAGAUUUUUAGGUGGGGGGAAAAACUGUCUACCUCUCUAGAUGCGUCCUAAUCAACAAGAAUAUGAAUUACAUCAGAACAGAAAUGCAUGCUUUUAACUGUUACAACAA